GUUGUUGUUGUUGUUGUUAUUGUUAAUAUAAUAUGACAACAUAAAUGACAUUUUUCUUGGUUCCAAAAAAAAGCAACGGAAUUUCAUUCACUAACAUCAACAUCAUUAUCAUACAUUAUUUUCGGAACAAUAUUUUGACAAAUAAAUAUAUAGGUUAUUGAGAUAAAAAAAAAAUAAUAACAACGCAACAAACAACAAUAAUGAUGACAGAUCCGAUUGUUUUAACAACAACAACCAGAAAACCAAAAUAUUGGUCGAUCAAUCAAAAUACUAACAACGAUGAUCAUGAUGAUAAUCAUGAUGUUUUCAAUAUAGUCAAAAGCACUAUUAAUUAUGUAAAUGAUGAUGAUAAAAAUUUGGAAUCGAUCGAUUAUCAUGUAAAAAAUUCUUAUUUUAUUAAUGUUUUCGAACAUCAAACAUACGACGAUUAUUAUGAUGACAGCAGACAAAUGCAUUUAUCAUUAUCAAUGAUGAAUAUUCAUAAUAAUAAACAUCAACAACAUCAUCAUUAUUAUCAUUGUGAUGUUAAUCAUAAUAUUCAUGUGAAAAUAAUGCAAAAAUUUUUCCUCUAUAUAUUAUUCACAAUAUCAAUAAUAUCGAUUUCAAAUGAUCAUAUUACAAUUGUACAGUUAGCGAAUGCCGCAUCAUCAUCAGUGAAUCAUGAAAACAUAAUCAAUUCAACAAUAUUAACAAGGUUCCAGCAACAACAACAACAGCAACAACGAUUAAUAAAAAAAGCCUAUGAUCCACAACAACAAUCGACGGUAUCAUAUCUUUCUACAAUCGAUGGUCAUCAAAAAGCAUUCAUAUCGAAUAAUGGCAAUAGUAACGAGAAAAAACAAUCAUCAUCAUUAUUAGGAUCAUGUACAGCACCAGAAGUAAUGGUAAAUGGUGCACCAUCACCAGAUAUUGCAGGUACUGUAAACGGUGGUGAAUGGGGCACUAUUGAAGAGAUACAAUUUGUCGGUAUGGUUAUGUCGCCAAUGAUCAAAAACAAUGAUGAUGAUGAAACGAUCGAUAUUAAACAGAAACGUAUCUGUAAAAUAAAGUGCCUUAAUGGCGUCUGGAUUGGACCAUUCUGUGCAUUCCAAACUGCCGAUGAAUAUGAGCCAAUUUUACGAUCAUGUCGUGUGCCAAUUAUUGCCAAUGGUUCGAUAGUAAUUAUCGAUUCUAAAAAUACUUAUAAUCACAAUUCAAAUGAUGAUUAUAUGAUGAUGAAAAAAAUUCAUCAUCGAAAACCGCGUGAAUUACCUCAUGGAUCAAUUAUCAAGGUAAAAUGUAAAGAGAUUGGAAUGUUUAAGCUAACAACAAUGAACGGAAAUGAAACAAUGCAAUGUAUUGACGGUGUUUGGGAUCAGGCGGAAAUUCCACGUUGUGAACCAACAACAUUGCAUAUGAAUUUUUCACUAUCUAGUCCUCCAAGUAUUCUUUAUACAUUAUUAGAUGGUACAUUGGGUAUUAAUGAUUUUGAUGAACAAUAUUUGGAUUUAUCAUUUAAUAAUAAUGAUGAUGAUAAUGAUGAUUAUCAUGAAAUGGAAAUCUAUGAACAACAACAACAACAGCCACAAAUUGUGAUAUCACCUGGUUCAAUUGUACAUCUUGAUUGUGUAUUUCAGGAAACAUUUGGACAACCACAAUGGUCAGUAUCGGAUAUACCAAUCUCGAACAAUAUUUAUUAUGAUUCUGAGCAUGGUACAAUCAACAAUAAGAUUGAUUCAUCAUCAUCAUCAUCAUUUGAUCAACAACAUUAUCAUCAACUACAUCAUACACAGAUAUUGAAUGAACAGCAUUGGAAUCCGAAUCAAGAACAACAUCAAACACAACAUCAGCAACAACAAAAACAACAAAGAAAAUAUCAAUAUUCAUUAUCAAGAAAUAAGCAUUUACGUCGUAAUAAAUAUCAGAAUCGCCGUAAACAUUAUUAUCAACAGAAAAAACCUGGAUCAUCGGCUAAUAUCAGAACUCAUACCACUGGUUGGGCAAUAUUAACCGAUAAACAUUCAUGGAAAUAUCGUUUAGCUAUUUAUUAUGCAAAUGAAAUUGAUACCGGACGUUAUACAUGUACAACACCGAAUGGUUUGAGCAAUUAUAUUGAUAUUGUUGUUAAAGAUGUUCAAUGUCCAUCAUUAGAAGAAUUGAAACUACAACAAAAUAAUAACGAUAAUAAUAAUCAUCAUAAUCCUUAUCGUGAUGAUCCAAAUCGUUUAGCAUCUAAAACUGGUUAUCAUAUGCAUGAUCGUAUUCGAUUUUCAUGUAAAGAUGGUUAUCGUUUAUAUGGAAGUCAUAGUGAAGUUAAAUGUCUACCAAAUGGUCAUUGGUCACAUUCAUUUCCAAUAUGUCAAGAAAUAAGCUGUCCAGAUUAUGUCAAUUUAAAAGAUUUAGAUCCCAAUCUAUUCAUAACAUAUGAGAAAUUAACAAAUGUUCAUGAACAACAACAAUCAUCAAUUAAUCAUUAUGGUAAUGAUGAUAUUAGAUCGACACAGAAACGAAAUAUGGAUUUUAAUGAUGAUUUUUUCAUUCAUUCUUCAUCAUCAACACCACCAUCAUCAUCAUCAAACGAUCAUUACCAUUCCCAUCAUCAUCAUUAUCAUAAUCAUCAUGAUCGACAAGCAUUACGAUUUCGUUGUCCAAUUGGAUAUCGUUUGAUUGGUCCAUCAUUAAUCAAAUGUGAUCAUAAACGUAAUGAAUGGAGUGAAAUAUUUCCAAAAUGUCAACAGAUACGAUGCCCAGAACCGGAACUACCAUCAAACGGAGAAAUAAUUAUUAAAUCUAGUUCCGGUAAUCAAUUAUCAUCAUCAUCUAGUUUCAAUCAAACACAAACAUCAUCAUCAUAUCUUGUUGGUGAUUAUAUACAAUUUGGUUGUCGUAAAGGUUAUCGUAUGAUUGGUUCAGAUAUUAUUACCUGUUUACAUAAUGAACAAUGGUCUUCAUCACCACCGAAAUGCAAACAAGUUUGUUCAUAUCCGGCUAAACUAUUACAUGGCUAUUAUGAACCAGUAAAAUUCUAUUAUGAUAUUGGCGAUAUUGUUCAUAUACAUUGUGAUCAUGGUUUUCGUUUGGCCAAAGAAUUUGAUGAUAAUAUUUAUCCAUUACAUCAAAAUAAUGAAACAAUUACAAUGUUAUGUGGUAAUGAUGGACUUUGGAUUGGACCGGCUAUCAAAUGUAAACGAUUGAAUAAUAAUAAACAGAAUGCAAAACAUUAAUUCGCUUUUUUGGAAUAAAAAGUGGCUUAUGGAACAUUUCGCUAUUUCAUUAUUUAAUUGAUUGUUGAAAUCAUGAUCUCAUCAUCAAUUUCAAAAU